UUGAGAGCAUGAAAAUCUAAAGCACUACACUGAGCCCAUAUUAUAUUAUAUAUGCAUUAGGUAAAAGUUUCAACCAUUAUUAUAUUGAAUGAAUGAUGGCAUCCCAACCUACCCUUGUAAAAAAGGUUGUGGGGUUACAAAUGGAGCUACAAAGGUACAUAGAUACAAAUCCAACACCCGAAAGUUCACGACCAAAGAUACAAAGGGUGCAAGAGUAUCUCAGAAAUAGAGAAAAAUUUGAGAAGCAUUAGACCCCGAGGUUGAUGUCAAAAGGUCCUAUCCAUCAUGGCAAUAAAUCUCUAAAGUUAGGAGAGAAGUACAAGCUUAUGUGGGCAGCAAAAUACAUCAAAAACACUGGAAGCAUUCAGAGGGAUCUACACAAAAACAUUGUUGAUAACAUUGAUAAACUGAAGGGUCAUUUUGAUGACGAUGUUUUAACAUUGACCGGAAAUUCUCUCGAAGGCUUUGAUAGUCUUGAAGAAAAGCUAUCGUGGAUGUUGUUGGUGGAUGGAUGCUCUUUGCUUUAUAUCUUGGAGAAAGACAGGCUUGUUGAACCAGGGCCUAUGGAUAUUAAGGUUGAUCAACUAGCUAUUGUGAUGGUGGAUGUGCUUUUGUUAGAGAAUCAACUUCCUUAUGAAGUACUCGAGCUAUUGUGGAAAGAUAACAACAAGAGUGAAUUGAUAAAAAGCACGACGAAUUUCCUCGAGUGUCUCUGGGCCAGACCAGGUAAGUCACAGCCAGAGAAGGAGAAAGACGUGGUUCCAAAUGAGUCACAGUUAGAGAAGGAGGAUGACGAAGAAGGACAACACAAUGUAUCAAUACCAAAUGAAUCACAUUCGAAGACACCCACUCAUCUUCUUGAUCUUCAGCACAAAAUGAUCGCCACGGCAUCUAAACCCAAGACUAAAAGCAAUGAAACUGCCGACAUGAAAGGGAGUCAGGAGAAGAAUAAGUUCGAGAUGAUUACAUAUAGGAACAUACAAGAUCUAAAAGCAGUAGGAAUAAGACUUAAGUCAAGCAAGACACAAAGCCCAAGAGACAUGGAUUUCUGCGAAGGAUGGUUCGCUGCGACACUGACUCUACCUGAGAUCGUUGUGGACGACACAUUAGCCUUUACUUAUCUCAAUCUGAUAGCAUAUGAGAUGUGUCCCGAUUUUAAGAACGACUACGUAAUUUGUUCUUAUGUAGCUUUCAUGGAGUCACUCAUUGACCAUCCUGAAGAUGUGAAGGAAUUGAGAUCAAAACGGAUUUUGCUCAAUUGCCUUGGGAGUGAUGAGGAAGUUGCCAAACUUUUCAAUAUCAUAGGCACUGACUUGACGACUAACAUAGACACAUAUUAUGAUGUUAGAUGCAAAAUAAAUAAGCAUUAUAGUAACAGAUACAAGACUUGGAUAGCGAAGGGUUUUGAGAAUCAUUUCAGCAGUCCUUGGACCAUUAUUGCAUUCAGUGCUGCGUCUAUCGCCCUUGUUCUUACUCUCAUUCAGACAUUGUUUACGAUUCACCCGGCUUGCAAAUAAAGGAGAUUCCCUAUGACAAUGUUGUUUUCCGUUAUGGCACUCAUCAUACUUCUCUGGAAUUUUAAUAGGUUGAGUUUUUUUAAUGAAUAAAUUUUAGGUUAAGUUUGUGUGUACGUCGUCAUGACUAUGAGUACUCAAAAAUAAAGAGUGCCUUUUUCUGUGUUGUGUGUUGAAUUGAAACAUGAAUAAAUUAAUAUUCUCAUUGA